AUGACCUAUGUCGUAUGGGAUGACUGGGAAUUCGAGCAAGAAAUAUGGUUCAAAUACGAUGGAUAUAAGAACAUCGUGUUUCAGCUGUAUUCUACAAUAGACGUGAAAGUUCUCCCCUCUCAAAGCAUCUCCUCUGACUCUACGGGGUCCGAUGCCUGCAUAUCGCAAAUAAAGGCAUGGCUUCACGGCUGCCAACACGGGCAUUCUCUGUGCAACAACACUCUUGCCACUUCAGCUUGGAAGCCCACAAGGCUACUAAAAGUUGAGAAAGACGGAAAAGGCGUUCGGCUUUGCCAUGGUGCAGAUAUCCCAGCAACGAAACAAUAUGCAUCAUUAAGCCAUAGAUGGGGGACCAACAAAUUCUUUUGCUUGACCAAGGAUACCAUCGGUAAGGUCCAAAAGGGGAUAUCAAGUUUCGAUUUGACCAAGACAUUUCAAGACGCUAUCUCUCUUGUCAGUCGCCUAGGCAUCGAGCACAUAUGGAUUGAUUCCCUCUGCAUUCUCCAAGAUUCUUCGGAUGAUUGGGAUCGUGAGGCAGCAGCUAUGUCGGACGUAUAUCUCAAUGCCACAAUCAACAUAGCAGCAACGGCUGCCAUCGACGGGAGAGAGGGCUUGUUUAACGACAGGGAUUCCUUGGAGACAGGACCUUUUCAGGUUCACGUGGAUUGGCAAGGGAAUUGGUACGGCGGGCCAAAGCGACCAUACCGCGGUUGGUAUUAUCUCGCUCUUACCCAGGCCUUCGACAUCGAUGUGCGUAACGCGCCGCUCAACACUCGUGGCUGGGUAUUUCAAGAACGAACCCUGUCAACCAGGAUUUUGCAUUUUUCGAAACAACAGAUAUACUGGGAAUGCAUGCAGUUGACUUCAAAUGAAGCCUUUCCAGAGGGUUUUCUACAGAAUGAUCAAUGGAUAACCUCCAUUGGGCCUCGAACAUUCUGGUCAUCAGAUAAGAUUCAGAACAUCUGCCAGAAGCCUUCACAAACGACCAUAGAGAUAUCUCGGUCAGGUAGCAUUGCUGGGAAAUUGAUGACAAGGUCUAAUCCCGAGAGUAAGGAGAAAAAGGAAUAUGAUCAAUGGAGACGGUACGUAGCUGAUUACACCAAAUGCUCCCUGACGAAACCAAAGGACAAGCUCAUUGCCAUUGGUGGCAUCGCCUCCGCUUUGGCUCCUUGGCUAAAAGAUGAGAACAUUGUUGGCUGCUGGCGAGGCUCCAUCUUCGAAGAUCUGCUCUGGAAAAGAGCUUUUCGGACGGACACUCUUGACUCCAAAGCGGCACCUUUGGAAUACAGAGCUCCAAGCUGGUCAUGGGCGUCAGUCGAUGGAGCUGUUGAGUACGACUCAUUCAGUUCAGAUUCAUUCGAACCAAUACAAUACCACUGCACUCUGGUAGAAGUUGCGGUCCUUCGUUCAGCCUCCGGUGUGGUGGGGGGCAUUGGCGAUGAGUUUAUCAGGAUCCGGGGACCUCUAAGAGUAACCGCGAUUGAAACACUUGGAUCAUUUGAUGUAAACUCAAGACUUUGGGGUCUCAGCAUAUCAUGGGACUCAUCCAACCAUGGCCAUGCCUUGAGUCAACCCCAUCGUCGAUUCACAAUCAUGACGUGCCAAGGAGCUAUUCAUACCCAAGAGAGCGAGAUAUUUAUGCUUCCUAUUCUUAACGCGCCGGAUACACUUACGGAGAUGGAUAAGAUGCGGGGAAUUUUAUUGAUUCGUACACAGGGUGUGAAGGGUCAGUUCUUUCGGGUUGGGCAUUUCGAAACCGACGAUCCCAAAGUACAAAAGGCGGUGCUGGAAUCAAGAGUUCCUGCUCCUGAUAAAUUUGUGGAGGCUGUUAACGAGGAUGGAACAUGCAUCAUUAGGAUUCUAUGA